AUGUUGGGGUCUGUGAACAGACCAGAGCAGUCUGGAUUCUAUUCUUGCAAGUCCACAACAGACUGUAUCCUAACACUUCGAGUCACUGUGGAAUUUUAUUCAGUACAUCUAGAAUCGCUGUGGGAGAUCCUGAGACUUAGCAAUGAGACAAAGCCUUUGGGCCUAGAGGCCUCCUGGACUAAGACCGAGAUUCAGGACUUAUGGGGGAAAACUACAACAACUAGGAAACCGUCAACAAUUUCAACUUUGGGGACAACAACUAUCACAGUUCCAACAACUACGAGGCCAACACCUAUCAUAGACACAACAACGAGGCCAACAAAUAUCACAGACACAACUACAAGGCCAACCAAUGUCACAGUCACAACAACGAGGCCAACCAAUGUCACAGACACAACUACAAGGCUAUCAAAUGUCACAGACACAACAACGAGGCCAACCAAUGUCACUGACACAACUACAAGGCCAACCAAUGUUACAGACACAACAACGAGGCCAACAAAUGUCACAGACACAACUACAAGGCUAACAAAUAUCACAGACACAACAACGAGGCCAACAAAUAUCACAGACACAACUACAAGGCUAACAAAUGUCACAGACACAACGAGGCCAACAAAUGUCACAGACACAACAACGAGGCCAACAAAUAUCACAGACACAACUACAAGGCUAACAAAUGUCACAGACACAACAACGAGGCCAACAAAUGUCACAGACACAACUACAAGGCUAACAAAUGUCACAGACACAACAACGAGGCCAACCAAUGUCACAGACACAACUACAAGGCUAACAAAUAUUACAGACACAACUACAAGGCUAACAAAUGUCACAGACACAACAACGAGGCCAACCAAUGUCACAGACACAACAACGAGGCCAACCAAUGUCACAGACACAACAACGAGACCAACAAAUGUCACAGACACAACAACGAGGCCAACCAAUGUCACAGACACAACAACGAGGCAAACAAAUGUCACAGACACAACUACAAGGCUAACAAAUGUCACAGACACAACAACGAGGCCAACAAAUGUCACAGACACAACUACGAGGCCAAUAAAUAUGACAGCCACAACAGGAACUCCUACAUCCGGCCCAACGACCACAACAGGAACUCCUACAUCAGGACCAACGACCACAACAGGAACUCCUACAUCUGGCGCAACGACCACAACAGGAACUCCUACAUCAGGCGCAACGACCACAACAGGAACUCCUACAUCAGGUCCAACGACCACAACAGGAACUCCUACAUCAGGUCCAACGACCACAACAGGAACUCCUACAUCAGGCCCAACGACCACAACAGGUCCAACGACCACAACAGGAACUCCUACAUCCGGCCCAACGACUACAACAGGACAACCAACCACAACCCAGUAAAAAAUAUGUAUGUCCUGUGCAGUCGUAUACAGCCAUGUGCAGGUGGUUUGUCUUCAUGUGUAUUUCCCGGGUUUUUUUUUUUUUUUUUUUUUUUUUUUUUAAUAGUUCAGUUUGUAAUAACUCCAACAAGCAAAUGUGUAAUUUAACCCUGACUGAAUGUUGAUUAUUUUGGUAAUUAAAGAGAUAUAAAUGCACUGAGGGAAAAGGUCAUAUAUUGAACUCCCUCUCCUCAUUCUGCACGGUUUUGUUUGAAAUAAAUGACACCAGCAUACA